UAGGUUGAGCCUCAAACACGUUCUUACCAGACAGGUCCAGCUGUUGACAGAGAGAGGGGAGCUUAGCUCGUGUUAUUCAGCACUGCUUAUUUUAAAAAUAAGACGCACAAAAUGGCGCUGAUGGGCAUCCAGCUGGUGGUCAGCCUGCUGGUGGGCAGCAUCAUGCAGAGGAUGGCCCCUCACUACUCCUUUGCCCGCUGGCUCCUCUGCAACGGCAGCCUCUAUCGAUUCAAACACCCCUCGGAGGGGGAGCUGUGCGCUCUGGCAGGGAAACAGGUGCCAAGGAACAACAGGCGAGACAGGAGACAUAACGGGGCCGCAGAGAGCAAGCCCCUCACAGUACCCAAAGACAUCGACCUCCACCUGGAAGCUGCUCCUAUCGGCGCGCUGGACGCCCUGGUUCUCCGUUUUUUCCUGGAGUACCAGUGGCUGGUUGACUUUGCCGUUUAUGCUCUGGGCGUCUACCUGUUCACGGAGGGCUACUACUGCCUCGCGGACGCCAGCAAGGAGGUCAAUAUCGGAGCCAUCUGGUGCUUCCUGGCUGUCCUCUUCACUGUGCGGACUCUCUUCACUCUGAUGAGCCACUACUUCCGCUCGGAGGAGGGGGGCGAGCGCUCCGUGUGCCUGGCGUUCGGCUUCCUCUCCCUGCUGGUGGCCAUGCUGGUGCUGGUGGUGCGGGACGAUUACCUGGAGUUCGGUCUGGAGCCCGGCCUCGCCGUUGUGUUUGAUAACCUGGAGGCUUUUCUGAAACAGCAAGGCUGGUAUUGGUCGAUCCCCGUGACCAGGCUGGGCUUGAAGCUGGGCUUGGCAGCUCUCUGCUCCUUCAUCGGUGCUCUGCUCGCCUUCCCUGGCCUCCGACUGGCCCAGACGCAUUUGGAUGCCCUGGACAUGAACUCAGACCGGCCGAUGAUCCAAAUUCUCCUCCAUGCCAGCUUCCUUUCUCCGAUGGUGGUGGUGUUGCUGUGGGUGAAGCCCAUUGCCCGUGACUUCCUGGAGAGCGCCCCCCUGGGGAACAGCACAGUCUCCCUGAUGUCGAGCUCCACGUUCGACUCGGUGCGCCUGUGGACUGUCCUGGCGCUGUGUGCCCUCCGCUUGGCCCUCGCCCGCCACCACCUUCAGGCCUACCUCAACCUGGCACACAAGUGGGUGGAGCAGAUGAAGAGGGAGGCGGGGCGCAUCGCUGCCAUUGACAUCCAGAGGAAGGUGACCCGUGUGUUCUGUUACCUGACUGUGGUCACGCUGCAGUACCUGGGCCCCAUCCUGCUCAUGGCUUUCUCCACCCUGCUGCUGAAAUCGCUGGGUAAGAGCUGCGCCCUGCGCGCCGCCCUCACCCCCGGCUUCUACAGAGGCCUCUUCUCCUUCCUCACCUGGUGGGUGGCGGCCUGUCAGGUGAUCAGCAGCCUGUUCGGGGUUUAUUUCCACCAGUACCUCAUGCACUCCUAGGGGACCGGCUCUGCGGCCCUCCCAGAUCUCUCCCAGGACAGAGGAGCUAGCCGGGCAGCUUUCAUUCUCUCCCGGACAGGAAGGGGUCGGGCUCAUGCAUCCCUCAGAACUGCAGAAGGGCUUCGUUUACAUCCACCCGCUGCCUGUAACUCACCGGCCCUCCCACUUCCUGUGAUGCGUUUCCUGUUUCCUGCUGUCCUGGAAGCUCAGCUCUCGCACCAUGUCGACAAUCGAACCUCCAGAGUUCUGGAGAAGGGAGACGAGCCAGAAACGGACAUUUCUUCGUCUGCGGGCUGAGGAAGGCACAGAAAUGUCUGGGAAUUCUUAGUGUGGUUUUUUUUUCCCCCUUGUUUUGCAUUUUUUCCCCCUGAGGCUUGCAUGAAGUAUAGUGUUGACCCAACCAGGACCUGGCCUCAAUUAUUCGUGCCGGUUUCUGCUCCGCCUCUCCAGGCUUUAAUGAAGUGCCUGAAACUCAGGGAUCUGUAAAUGCUUUGGGGUGUGUUAGGGUACCAAAUGGGUGUUGUUUUUGUUUUCUGUUACUAUGUAUGAAAGCCCACAGCCAGAGAAAAAAAAGAAAAACUUUUAGCAGGUGUGUUAAUUAUAAUUCAGUAUCUAUAAAAGAAAGACAGAAGAAUCCAAUUUCAUUUUGUCUGUUGAGGACUGAGUCCUGUUACAAUGGUCUGUACCUGCAGGAGUGAUUUACUACUCACUGUACUCAUAUUCAGAGUUAAUUUUCUGGAAAAAAAAUCUGAAAUGUGAUUCAUUCUAGUUUAAAAAAAAAAUCCUAAUUGUAAUUUACUAAUACAGGACGUUGAACAAUGAUCAAUCCAAAGAACGGCCAAUCUCCUGAUCCGAUCUUUGAUAGUUUUUCUUGCUGUAGAUGAGAGACAAACGUUUUUAUGUGUGAUUAAGAAAUAAAAAAGCAAGUAUUUAUUAAAAAAAAUGCAUGAAUUAAGUGA